CUCGGGGGUGCAGCCCGGAUGGAUGGAGGAGGACGACGCCGUGUGGGACGAGGACGCGGAGGGCGACUCGGCGAUGCCGGGUCCUGCGCUGCGCGCCUCCAUCGCGGCGCUGUACGCGGCGAUCAUGGCCGUGGGAGUGGUGGGGAACGUGGCGCUGAUGAGCGCCGUGUGCCGCGCGCGCUCGCUGCGUAGUGGCCCCAACGUGCAGCUGUGCAGCCUGGCGCUGGGCGACGCCGUGCUGCUGCUCGCCUGCGUGCCCGUGGACGCCGCCAAGUACUUCGCGCCGCAGUGGCUCUUCGGAGAGUUCGGCUGCAAGCUGAUCCCCUACAUCCAGCUCACGAGCGUCGGGGUGUCCGUGUUCACGCUCACCGCGCUCUCCGCCGACAGGUACAGGGCGAUCGUGAAGCCCAUGAAGCUGCAGCGAGCCGCGCCGCGCCACGCUCUGCGCCGCGCCCUGGCGCGCGCCGCCCUCAUAUGGGCACUGGCGCUCGCCCUGGCGCUGCCCGACGCCGUCCUCUCGCACGUCCACGUCUUCCACCUGGACGACGACGACACCGCCGUCGUGGACAUUGAGGAGGAGCCGCGGACGGGCGACUUCGCCUCGGGCGACGGCGGCGACGCGGCGGGGGCGGCGACGGCCCCCCACGGUCACACGCUGCUCGUCUGCGUGCCCUUUCCCGCUGGACGGCGAUGCGCAGCCGCUGCGCAUCCAUGCGUCGCUCCUCUUCCUCGCCUACUACGCGCUGCCGCUGUGCGCUAUCUGCGGCUACUACUACCACAUCGCGCGCGCGCUCCUAGCCAGCGCGCGCGAGCUGCCGGGGGAACGCGGAGGCGGCGGUGGAGAGCACGCGUGGAGACAGGUGCCCGCUCUCAGCGCUCUCACUCCUCCGUUAGGGUGCAGGCGCGCAGGAAGCUGGCGCGCACCGUGCUGGUGCUGGCGGCGCUCUUCGCCGCCUGCUGGCUGCCCGCACACCUCCUCUACCUCUACCGCGCCUUCACCCCGGGGCAGGCGGCCGCGUCGCGCGCCCACCUCCUGCUCACCGUGGCGGCGCGCGCCCUCUCCUUCUGCGGCUCCUGCGUCAACCCCCUGGCGCUCUACCUGCUCAGCGACGGCUUCCGCGCGCACCUGCGCGCCGAGCUGUCUCCGUGCCGCCGCCUCUUCCGCGGUGCCGGAGGCGGCGGCAGCGGUGGGGGAGACGCGGGAGCCGCGAUGCGACGCAGGCGGCGGCGGCGCAGCACGAGGCUCGCGUCCGUGCUGACGCGCGCCACGUCCGUGCGCAGCACGAGCAGCCUCGCGGGGGGCAGCGAGCGCAGGGGGGUGGCCUUCCAGCUGGGCGUCCCCGACAUCGCCCUGCUCGAGCCGCACGGCCCGCAGCCAGCCGCGCUGCCAGCGAAUGCGUGA